CUUAUCUCGUUUCACAAUCAGUAUCAGUUUUUGCUUGACAAUUCAGUUCUUGGUUUUGUCAAGUAUGAAUAUCAAAGUGAUAGUCAUAUUCUUUGCUUUGACCGGUUGCAUUGGAUGUGACUUCUAUAAAUUGACGGCUGACGAGAACAAGGAUCGUGCGAGUACAUGUGGAAAAGAAGUACUUGAGCGGAAGGGAAACGAAACCACCCCAGCUAAUGUAUCACAAACUGACUGGACUCUCAAGAUGCAUAACAUCGAUCACAAUCCAGAUCGUUAUUAUUUGGCAACAAUGAUAUCUACCAGACAUGUGUUGACAUCCGCCCGGCUCGUUCGAAAUGAAUCCGGUUGGCGCGAUGGGAGUAGGGAUGAAUGUGAUGGCAAAAACCUUGUUGUUCCACCUUCUUUACUGGAAAAAGUGGAAAUUCCUCAGCACGCGCAAGACGGCUCAAAAUCAGUCAGUAAUUCGACACGUUGCAAAAUCACAGCUGCAUACAUUUUGGAUGGUUGCGCGUCAUCUUAUCCGAUGUUAACUGCUGGGCCGUUGAUUGCAACAAUUGAUUACAGCUCUCAAAGCAAUAUAAGUGUUCCGUGUUUAGCUCAAGAAGAGAACCUUAUGAAUGUAUCAGAAAUUGGAGACUUGUACUUUAUUGACGAUUCUUACAAACUGAAGCAUAGUAAAACAACGAUCAACCAUACUUACUCCUUAUUUUACAAGACGAGUAUUCCAACUGUAUUUAAGUCACGACAUGAUUACGGGAUUCUCACGAACGUUGUUGACAACAAGAUGACUGUUAUGGCAUUUGCCGCAUCAGAUGACCAAAAUACUUUCUAUACAAUGUCAUUUCUCUAUAAGAGUCUAUGCGAACCAACAGGAAUCUGCUCACUUCCUCCAGGAGAGCUCGUAACAACUACCACAACCACUACACCAAAUUCGAAGCCAACUGACAAAUUUGUCAAAUUGACUUCGGAAGAAAACGAAAAAAGGCUGGAAACAUGUGGAAAUGAGAAGAUGGAACGGAAGGCGACAAAUGACACUCCGGUCGAAGUGGGGUCUGUGAACUGGCUGGUCACCGCACAAAGCACAACUACCGACCACAUAUUCUCAGCGACAAUGAUUUCAUCCCGACACUUGUUGUUUCCGGUUGAACUAAAUAAUUCUAGAAACAAUCAACCGACAUACCAGUGCGAUGACAGUAAAAGACAUCUUUUCAUUCCUCAAUCUAAUCUGAGCAAUUUCGAUUUUAAUUUGCCGGUUUGUGAUCAAAACAACCAGGGAAGCUCAGUCAUGUGUCCACCGAAACCCACAAAACUUACGAGUGGAUACAUUCUUGAUGGGUGUGUCAAUUCUACAAUCAGCGAGCCCAAGAUACUCAUUGGGACUAUUGAGAACGUUUAUCCAGCCAAUACAAGUUUUCCGUGCCUAGCUGACGAAAAUUCCAUCAAACGGUCUGAUAGUGGAUUCGACGCUUACUUCUUUUCUCACAGUAUAUGGAUGCAUAAGAACAUCACAGUGAACAUGAGCACCAGUGGCUCCUUGUUUAAGGAUCCAAAUUCCAAGUUAUAUGGAACAUCGACCAAGAUAGUCAACGAUAAGGAAACUGUUUUUGGAAUUGGUCUUACUGGAAAAUUCGCUGUGAAGAUUGCGUACUACAAUGAUGUGAUCUGCACUCUGGCUGGAAUCUGUCGUCAGUUUUCUAAUGACACUCAAUUUCCACUUUAUUCAAAUGAUCCAUCAUCCAUAUCCAACAGCACCACAUUGUCUUUCAAUUCAACUCAGCCAUCCAUUACCUCGUCGACUUCCCCACCGAAACCACUCAAAAACAUUACUCCUGAGGAUGUGGAGGAGACUGACAAAGAUGUAGAAGCAACAACUGAAGAUGAUGGCAAUAUUGAUAAUGAUUUGGUGGUUAGUAUGGAUUUCUUGGAUGGAGUCGGACAUAAGAUCGGAAUUAUUGAACUUGUUCUGAUUCUCAUUGGUAUUCUUUUAAGCCAAUAAUUAUUGAUUGAAUGAAUAAUUCAUUUUUGAA